UUAAACUGAACAAAAACAGUAAAAACAUAACCUUGUACUAUGCGAACGUUUAUUUUAACGCGCAAAUUUUUUCUACCACCUAUAACAUCAUGAAAGUUUUACAAUUUAUUAAUAAUGUUUUCGCGAAACAUCCCCUAGCAUGUAAUACAGUUAGUAGUGCUGUGAUAAUGGCAACCGGCGAUGCCAUCAUACAAAAAAUGACCCAAACAGAGAAUGAGAAGCUCCAAUGGGAAAGAACAGAAAAAAUGGGAUUUGUUGGCGGCAUGUUGGGACCUAUACAGUUCUUCAUUUAUAAAAAUUUGGACAAACUAUUUCCCAGAACAGAUAACAAGACGGUGUUUAGAAAAAUCAUCGUUGAUCAGAGCUUAUCCGCACCCAUUUUCAUAUGUGCCUUCUUUUUCCUUUGCAAUUUAUGGGAAAAGAAACCGGAACAGAGUUUCGAUGAAAUAAAAGAUAAAUUCAUAGACGUUUAUAAGGUGGAUUUAAUGAUAUGGCCAGCCGCUCAGUAUGUCAAUUUUACUUACGUACCGCCACAAUUUAGAGUCAUGUAUGUGAGCGGUAUUACUGUUGUUUACUCUGCUUUCUUAUCUUACAUGAAACAUAAACAUUAAACAUCAGAGGAUUGAUUUUUGAGAAAUGAAGUUCCAAGUUUCAUUUUCGUGCCAUGUCAUACCAUGUCAGUUUGAUGAACUAAUGCAAGAUGCUUAAUAGUAAUUCAGAUGUGAUACCUUUAAUUACCUAUUUAUAUUUUCAAGAGAAUGGAAAUGUAAGAACGAUUGAAUUGUCUUUUUGGAGCUAGCGAGAUGAAGCUGUGGCUAUGAGUUGGUAUUGUCGAGAUAUUACGAUUAUCGUCAAAGUCUUGAAUCUCUAUGUGGAAUCGGGCCACUUUUUCUUAUUUAAAUCUACUUUGACCAUUUUUAUGAUACAUAGACCAUAUUGUAUAGGCGAAUGAGAGCGUCCGAAGAAGAAAUCAACCCCUCUCCACCACUUUUAUCGCUUUCUCAAAUAUUCAAUUAAAAAAAAAAAAAAAAAAAAAAAAACGAACCUGAGGACGUAUGGCAGUGAAGAUGUAGGCUGGAGACGAGGAGGCAAGAAAUUUUAUACUUAUGUAUUUUUCAAGUUACAACUUCUAUUGUUACAUACCUAUUCGGAAAAGUUCUUACAUAUGCAAGCACCUACAAUAUGACCUAUGUUUUGUCAAAAUUGGAGAAGUAGAUUUUAAAUUGAAAAUAUAAAACUAUUUUUGAGGAAAAGUUGCCUUACUCAGGAACCACUCAAGGUAGAAGUCUGAAAUUUUGAUGAUCUAAUUAAGUAUCUCGAUAGAACCUACAUACCUUCUCGCAUCCCAAGUUUCGUUUUUCCACUCGCUAGCUCUAAACGGCAAUUUCAUCUCACCAUUUUUAUUCUUAAUUAUGUUCUUGAAUAAAUUUACUGUUUUGUUAUUGAAUAAAGUUUUAUUUCUUUUGUUACCUCCUAGAUGAGGAAA